UGGGAUAUGAGGACAAGGAGCUAGAAUAUAAGGCCAAGGAGCUAGAAUAUAAGAACAAGGAGCUAGAAUAUGAGCUCAAGGAGCUUCGAUAAGAAGCCGGAGCCAAAGAAAGAUGCUCAAAAAACACUGAGCCUGACAGAAAUCGAACCCCCAACCCAGCAGGACACGAGUCCGUCCCUGUACCGACCAGUCCUAGUGGCUUGGGCCUGGACAUCACCAUUUAGUCCAAGAAAGAAGGCUUGGACGACGAAAAUAUUCCUUCAUCGGAGCCGUGUCUCUCGUAUUUCAGAUACUCAAGUUACAAGAGAGUUAUCAAAGACAGCCGAACACACACAGGAAGAUGGUCACACACAGGAAGCUGAGACGUUUGGUGGGCUGGACAACUGUCUCUAUAGUGGUGGCGGUGCUGGUGGUCAGUUCGGGGGUGCCCAGGACGCUGCUGGCGGUGGACAACGAGGAGAUGGUGGUGCGCUUCCUGUGGGAGGAGCAGCAGCAGCACCUGCAGGAGGCCCUGGCGAGGGCAGAGGGCCCCCUCCAAGCCGACGACCCGCAGCUCAUAUGGCUACUGCGGCGAAGGUACCUGGACCCGCCCUCACCUGGACCACGGAACCUUAUGGCGGACCACACAGGACCAACAGCCAAGAGGUACAACCUGUAUAAAACAACCUUUAACUCCUGGAUCAGAACGAACACCAUUGUGAAGAGGUUAUUCUCUGAUGCGCCCCCGGGGUUCUUCCUGGAGGCUGGGGCCCUCGAUGGGGAAUUCAUCUCCAAUACGUUAUUCCUGGAACGAGAGCUGGGGUGGACAGGCUUGUUGGUGGAGGCGGACUCCAUCCUCUAUGCUGAUAUUCCAGGCAAGCGACGGAACGCUUGGGCAUCCCACUCCUGUCUCUCCCUGGCACCCUACGCCCAGAAACUCACCUUCGAAGCCUACCACGCCGACGCCUGGGCUUCCAUCGAUACCCGCCUGUUGGUUCGCUCUACAGGAAACCUAGCAGACGUGAUAGCUCCCGCGGCUGGUCAAAUGGGAACCAAAGAGAGGCAGAAGGUCCAGUGCUUCCCGCUCUAUUCUUAUCUACUGGCUCUCAACGUCACCUCCGUCCAGUAUCUUAGCCUCGAUGUUGAAGGCGCCGAGGCUGAUAUUCUCUUGAGUUUUCCGUGGGAAAAGGCUAACGUCACAGUGUGGAGCAUCGAACACCGGCCUUACAAUUCGCACUUCAGGGACCUGUACUCGAAGCCUCAUGAAACUCCCAGCACCACACCGCAAGCGAUGGAGAGCCGCAAGAAGCCAACCCUACACAAGCAGGACGACGCAGCUUCACCGCGGGUCGUUAUCCAAGUCGAGAAGCGGGUCGUGUACACGAACCAACACGACCCAGCAGCAGGCAAGGACGACUACUUCGUGAGGUUCAUGACAGAGCGAGGCUACGUUCUCUAUGACUACUGGGACGGUGACUACACCUUCAUCAAGAGGAAUUCCAGCAUUUGUGAUAAACAUUGUCCAGUUCUGUAGCCUCAGAUUUAUUAUACAGUACGUUCGGUGGGGGCUUGGGGACUUUCGGAGCAGUGGAGAGGGAGGACCUGCUGCCUGGGUAACAGCUUCUCCAUAUCAACCUACCCUGGCUUUGCGCCCUGGUGAGGCCACUCCAGAGCACAACUCCAUAGUCUCCCGAGACUGAUGGAUGCCUACUACUACUACGUUCUUGUACUUUGAAGUUCACGGAAAAAUUAAUUUGUAGGCUUUAUUUUUGCCUACUUUUUUAAACUGUUUAGGAAUAUUUCUUACAAUUCUUAAUAUAAUUUAAACAAUAACAACACACUGAAAGCUUCAGAUGUAAACAAUGUGUAUUCUUACCCAUUGCAAACUUUAACUGGUUAUUAUUAUGUUACUGUUUAGUAAACUCCAGUUUACCUUCCUAAGUUUGGUGUUGUGCAAAAGGCCUGUCAACCUCUAGAGGGUUAUUAAGGCCACCACAAACAUGUAAACCAACCCCCAGCAUGUAUACUUUAGCCCAGGACUAAAGUAAACUUGAAUAUAAAUAUAUACACCAUCCCUGUAAGUUAUUAAGAUAGAUAUUAUUAAUUACUGCCGAUGUACUUUCCUAUUACCUCGUAAACUUUAUGGAGUGG